GGGGUGUGUGUGUGUGCGUGUUGCGGGGUGCGUGUGCGGCCUCUGGGCCCCGAUGAGGGCCCCGCGCCCGUGAGCGAGGGAGCCCCCCGGCCGGGGGCGGGCUGCGGAGAGCGCCAAGGCGGUGAGCGGCCGGCGGAGGCCGCGCCAGCGACGCGGAGGUCGGCGCAGAGGAACUAUGGAGGCCGCGCCCGGGACCCCCCCGCCGCCGCCAUCAGAGUCGCCGCCGCCGCCAUCGCCGCCGCCGCCGUCGACGCCUUCGCCUCCUCCUCCGCGUCCCCCCGACGGCUGCCCGGCCGCCCCGCACCUCCUCCACCACCGCCUCCCGCUCCCUGACGACAGGGAAGAUGGUGAGUUGGAAGAAGGCGAGCUGGAGGAUGACGGGGCCGAGGAGACGCAGGACACCUCCGGAGGCCCCGAGAGGAGCCGGAAGGAAAAGGGGGAGAAGCACCACAGCGACUCGGAGGAGGAGAAGUCUCACCGGAGACUGAAGCGCAAGCGGAAGAAAGAGCGGGAGAAGGAGAAGCGGCGCUCGAAGAAGAGGAGGAAAUCCAAACACAAACGCCACGCCUCCUCCAGCGAUGACUUCUCCGACUUCUCGGACGACUCGGAUUUCAGCCCCAGUGAGAAGGGACACCGCAAAUACAGAGAGUACAGCCCCCCAUACACAUCGUCCCACCAGCAAUACCCACCGUCUCACACCACCCCCCUGCCCAAGAAGGCCUACUCCAAGAUGGACAGCAAGAGCUACGGCAUGUAUGAGGACUACGAGAAUGAGCAGUACGGCGAGUACGAGGGCGAGGAAGAGGAAGACCUGGGCAAGGAUGACUAUGAUGACUUCACCAAAGAGCUCAACCAGUACCGGCGCUCCAAGGAGGGCAGCAGCCGGGGCCGAGGCAGUCGAGGCCGGGGCAGGGGCUACCGGGGCCGAGGAAGCCGAGGAGGGUCUCGAGGCCGAGGCAUGGGCAGGGGCAGUCGAGGCCGAGGCCGGGGCUCUGUGGGCGGCGACCAUGCGGAGGAUGAGGAGGACUUCUACGAGGAAGAGAUGGAGUACGGCGAGGGCGAGGAGCCUAUGGGAGACGAGGAUUACGAUGAAUAUUCCAAGGAGCUGAACCAAUACCGCCGGUCCAAGGAUGGCCGAGGCCGAGGUCUGAGCCGGGGCCGGGGCCGGGGUUCCCGAGGCCGAGGGAAAGGGAUGGGCCGGGGCCGGGGCCGAGGUGGAAGCCGUGGUGGGCUGAACAAGGGUGGCGUGAACGAUGACGAGGACUUCUACGACGAGGACAUGGGCGAUGGUGGAAGCUACCGGAGGAGUGACCACGACAAGCCCCACCAGCAGUCCGACAAGAAGGGCAAAGUCAUCUGCAAGUACUUCGUGGAAGGGCGGUGCACAUGGGGUGACCACUGUAACUUUAGUCACGAUAUCGAGCUACCAAAGAAGCGGGAGCUGUGCAAGUUCUACAUCACGGGCUUCUGCGCCAGGGCCGAGAACUGCCCCUACAUGCAUGGCGACUUUCCGUGCAAGCUGUACCACACAACGGGGAACUGCAUCAAUGGCGAUGACUGCAUGUUCUCCCACGAGCCCCUGACUGAGGAGACGCGGGAGCUCCUGGACAAGAUGCUGGCUGAUGAUGCGGAAGCUGGCGCCGAGGAUGAGAAGGAAGUGGAGGAGCUGAAGAAGCAGGGCAUUAAUCCUCUGCCCAAGCCACCCCCCGGAGUGGGCCUCCUGCCCACCCCGCCUCGGCCCCCGGGACCCCCAGCCCCCACUUCGCCCAACGGCAGACCCAUGCAGGGCCCCCCUGGGCCGCCCCCACCCCCUCCACCCCCACCCCCGGGCCCCCCCCAGAUGCCCGUGCACGAGCCGCUGUCCCCGCAACAGCAGGACAUGUACAACAAGAAGAUCCCGUCCCUGUUCGAGAUCGUGGUGCGACCCACUGGCCAGCUGGCUGAGAAGCUGGGUGUGCGGUUCCCUGGACCCGGCGGCGGCCCCCCGGGGCCAAUGGGCCCUGGGCCCAACAUGGGACCUCCGGGGCCAAUGGGCCCAAUGCAUCCUGACAUGCACCCGGACAUGCUCCCCGACAUGCACCCCGACAUGCACCCAGACAUGCACCCGGACAUGCCCAUGGGCCCCGGCAUGAACCCUGGCCCCCCGAUGGGACCUGGAGGCCCCCCCAUGAUGCCGUAUGGGCCAGGAGACUCCCCGCAUGCGGGAAUGAUGCCCCCCAUCCCGCCCGCCCAGAACUUCUAUGAGAACUUCUACCAACAGCAGGAGGGCAUGGAGAUGGAUCCUGGGCUUCUGGGAGAUGCAGAGGACUGCGGGCGCUACGAAGAGCUGCCUGGGGAGCGCCUCUUCCCCGAGCACCCUCUGGAGCCCGACAGCUUCUCUGAGGGAGGGCCCCCAGGCCGGCCGAAGCCGGGCGCCGGUGUCCCUGACUUCCUGCCCUCGGCCCAGAGGGCCCUGUACCUGAGGAUCCAGCAGAAGCAGCAGGAGGAGGAGGAGAGAGCAAGGAGGCUGGCUGAGAGCAGCAAGCAGGACCGGGAGAAUGAGGAAGGUGACGCAGGAAACUGGUACUCGAGUGACGAGGAUGAGGGUGGGAGCAGCGUCACCUCCAUCCUGAAGACCCUGCGGCAGCAGACAUCCGGCCGCCCCCAGGCCGUCAUCGGGGAGCUGAGCAGCAGUGGGCUAGGAGACCCACGUCUCCAGAAGGGCCAUCCUUCCGGAAGCCGACUGGCUGAUCCUCGUCUCAGCCGUGAUCCCAGACUCUCUCGCCACGCAGACACCCCCGGUGGGCCAGGCCCUGGGGACACGGGUCCCUCAGACCCCCGGCUUGCGCGUUCCUUGCCCGCCUCAAAGCCCGAUGGCGGUGGUCUUCACUCCAGCCCUGCCGGCCCCAGCAGCGCCAAGGUCUCGGGUGUGGUGCCCGCAGAGGAGGAGGAGGGGGAGCGUGCCCUGCGGGAGAAGGCAGCCAACAUCCCGCUGGACCCACUGCCUGGGCACCCGCUGCGUGACCCGCGCUCACAGCUGCAGCAGUUCAGCCACAUCAAGAAGGAUGUGACCCUGAGCAGGCCCAGCUUCGCCCGCACCGUGCUCUGGAACCCCGAGGACCUCAUCCCCUUGCCCAUCCCCAAGCAGGACACCGUGCCGCCAGUCCCCGCAGCCCUGCAGGCCAUGCCAGCCCUUGACCCCAGGCUGCACCGCGGCGCCGCCUCAGGACCCCCCAACCCCCGGCAGCGCCCAGGCACCUCUGCAGACCCUGGUGCGGCCGGCUCCAACCUGCCCGACUUUGAGCUCCUCUCCCGCAUCCUCAAGACUGUCAGUGCCACCGGCCCCUCCGCACCCAGCGACAAGCCCAGUGACCCACGAGUGCGGAAGGCCCCCAGUGACCCACGGCUACAGAAGGCCAGCGAUGCCGCUGCCUCCGCCAGGGCCACCAAGCCCGGCCCCCCUGACCCACUGUCUCCAGGCAGCAGCCCCAGCGGAGAGGGCUCCCCGCCGGCCACCGCACCCUAUGACCCCCGUGUGCUGGCGGCCGGGGGGCUGGGCCAGGGCAGCGGGGGUGGCCAGAGCAGUGUGCUGAGUGGCAUCAGCUUAUACGACCCCAGGACUCCCAACGCGGGCGGCAAGGCCCCGGAACCGGCUGCGGAUGCGGGAGCCCAGCCCAAGGGCCCCGAGGGCAACGGCAAGGGCCCAGGCAGUGGGGCCGUGGCUGGCAGCGGGGGUGGGUCUGGUGGCAAGGCCAAGGAGCCCCCUUUCGUGCGGAAGUCAGCGCUGGAGCAGCCUGAGCCAGGCAAGGCCGGGCCGGAGGGAGCCCCGACGCCGGCCACAGACAGAUACAACAGCUACAACCGGCCCCGGCCCAAAGCCCCUGCCCCUGCGGGCGGCACCAGCACCCCCCCCACGGAGGGCGCCCCGCCGCAGCCCGGGGUGCACAACCUGCCCGUCCCUACCCUCUUCGGGACAGUGAAACAAGCACCCAAGACAGGCUCCGGCAGCCCCUUUGCAGGCAAUAGCCCGGCACGCGAGGGCGAGCAGGACGCGGGGUCCCUGAAGGAUGUUUUCAAAGGCUUUGACCCCACCGCCUCCCCCUUCUGCCAGUAGUGUUGGGUCGCAGCCAGAGCGGGGUGGGGGCUGCGGCGUGUGCUUCUCUCUAACUCUUCUCUUCCAAUAGUUCUUUCUGUGAGACAUAAACUGUAUAGAAUCACCUUGGUCCUGUCAGUGCCGCGGCCCAGGCCCUCGACAGAGCCCCUGGGUACUUGGAGCUGUGAGCAGAGCACGGGACCUUCUUGCACCGAGUGCCCCCCAAGCCUCCGUCACCCUGUACCCCAGCCUGCUCUGGGGCCACCGGGCGGGUGUGUGUUCUUGUCAGUAUUAGCUAUCCUUGGGGUGGCCACCCCAGGCCCCCCAGGACUGCUCAAGGAUCCGAGUGUGAGGUGGUCACUCCCCAGGUGGUGGGGGGCCCCGGGGCGCGCUCAUCUUCCUCACCCAUGGGCGCUGGGGUUCAAGGAGCAUCGCAGAGCAGAAUCUGGACACCUCAGAAAGGAGAACUGGAGUUGGGCGCGCCAGGGCAGCUGGGCCCUCCAAGAGAGCCUGGGACCCUGCAGCGAGAGCCGGGCACAAAUUCUGCCGCCCCGCUCGUGUCUGGCUGAGCCGGGAAGGAAGCAGGCCCCUGGCCCAGGCCCUCAGCCCCCCCUCCAAACUAGAGCCGUGGAGAGGUUCUGGGGUGCAGCUUUGCACUUGCCGGGCUAUCUCCCCCUCCCCCACUUUUCCUCUUCCACUGCCCCGCCCAGCCCCCCGCUUCCUCCUGCUAAUAAUGAAAUCUGGUGACCCAGCCAAGACCCCCCCCCUUUUUUUAGUAGGGUGGGAGGUGAACAAGGCUGCUAGACCAGUCCCCCCCUCUGGAAAACAAAGUUUCCAGGCGUGGGGGCGUAGCGCCCGUGGUGGGGGGCUUGGUUCGUGGCAGCAUCCGUUUUGGUUCGUGGUAAUAAGCAAUCAUUGGCGAGAUUCCGCCAGCGUCCCUGGCACCGCCGUGUGGGGCCCCUGGGUGAGGACUCCGCACUGCUGCGGGCUUUCCUUUGCCCUCCUUGGGGAAUUUCCUUUUGUAAUAGAAAAAAAAAAUGCUUUUAUAAAAUCGAAAUUUGUGGAUGAAAUAGAAGCUGGAAACUUUCCUCUUGGAAUAUUCAGCCUAAGGACCUCAUGGAACGAUGAAUUCACCCCGAAGUUUCAUUUGCCAUCAGGCCGAGCUUUUAAAGGAAAAAAAAUGUUCUCUAACCAGGAUUGUAACAAAAGUGUAAAUACUAUUCAGAGUCGAGAGUCGAUGGUGCAAAUAUGUAUAUAACGUACUGUAUUUUUACAAUGAUUGUCGCAUGCCUCUAUUCCUAUCCCCCAUUUUGUACUCCACACCCGUCUUCCAGAAACUUCGCCUGCCCUUUUCCCCAUGGUCUCUUAAUCCAAUAAUCGUAUUACUGCCAUUAAAGGAUGCAGUUAUUUUAGAA